UUGGCCCUGCGGAGCCGCCGUCGCGGGGUCACGUGGGCGGCGCGGAAGCGGAGGCGGCGGCGAUGGAGGGAACGCUGGAACAGCACCUGGAGGAGACCAUGAAGAGCCCGGCCGUGGUGGGCGUGCUGUGCACCGACUCGCAGGGGCUCAACCUGGGCUGCAGGGGCACCCUGUCAGACGAGCACGCUGGCAUCAUCUCGGUGCUGGCCCAGCAGGCGGCCAAGCUCACCUCGGACCCCACGGACACGCCCGUGGUGUGCCUGGAGUCAGACAGCGGGAACAUCAUGAUCCAGAAGCACGACAGCAUCACCGUGGCAGUGCACAAGCUGCUGUCCUGAGCCCUGGGAGCCAGCUCUGCUCCCAGCUCCUCCCUGCACCGCCACCCUCCCUUUGGAGCUCCACACCUGGGAUGAAGGCUCUCCCUCCCUCCCUCCCUCCCUCCCUCCCUCCCUCCCUCCCUCCCUCCCAGCAGCUCCUGGGUGCUCCGUGGCUCUCCAGCUCCCAUUUCAGCCCUGCUGCUGCUGAGGAUGAAGCGUGGGCACGCCCCAGGCCCUGUAACAAGCAGAUCCUCCCUGCUUUAUGUGGGGGGCCUCCCUUGUUGGAGAAAUCAAUAAACGACCUGUAAAAAACC